UUAUUGCUUGACUAGUUGGGGAUCUGUUGCUACCUCACCCCCACCCCCACCCAGAAGGGUUGGUGAGCCCCAAAGCGCCAUUUAUACCCACUCCUCCUCCACUUCUCCACCACACCAAACCAAAAACAAACACAAACCUUCACAUUAUUUCAUUCUGAAUUUCAAUAUGGGCUCAACAACCCAAAUUCCUGAAACUUCAACAAUCGAUUCUUCAGAAGAAGAGUCGUGUUUGUUCGCCAUGCAGCUGGCUAGUUUUUCCGUGCUGCCUAUGGUUCUCAAAUCCGCCAUAGAACUCGACCUGCUCGAGCUCAUCAAGAAAGCUGGCCCCGGCGCCUUUGUUUCGCCUGCGGAACUCGCCGCCCAGCUCCCCACCUCCAACCCUGAGGCCCAUGUCAUGCUCGACAGAAUCCUCCGCCUUCUCGCAAGCUACUCCGUUGUAAAUUGCAGCCUGAAAAAGCUGCCCGACGGCGGUGUUGAACGGCUGUAUGGUUUGGCGCCGGUUUGCAAGUUCCUGACGAAGAACGAUGACGGAGUUUCUAUGGCUCCUUUGUUGCUCAUGAACCAGGAUAAGAUCCUCAUGGAGAGCUGGUACCACCUUAAAGAUGCUGUUCUUGAUGGAGGAAUUCCGUUCAACAAGGCAUAUGGUAUGACUGCAUUCGAUUACCAUGGGACGGACCCAAGAUUCAACAAAGUGUUCAACCAAGGAAUGUCUAACCAUUCCACCAUUAUCAUGAAGAAGAUUCUUGAAACAUACAAUGGGUUUCAAGGUUUGAAAACAGUGGUGGAUGUUGGUGGAGGAACAGGGGCCACGCUUAGUAUGAUCGUCUCCAAGUAUCCUUCAAUUAAGGGCAUUAAUUUUGAUUUGUCCCAUGUUAUUGAAGAUGCUCCAUCUUAUCCAGGAGUGGAGCAUGUCGGUGGCGACAUGUUUGUGAGCGUGCCUAAAGGAGAUGCCAUUUUCAUGAAGUGGAUAUGUCAUGAUUGGAGUGAUGAACACUGCCUGAAAUUCUUGAAGAACUGCUACGAAGCACUUCCAGAGAAUGGAAAGGUAAUAUUGGUUGAGUGCAUUCUGCCAGAGGCACCCGACACAGGGCUGGCCACUAAGAAUGUGGUCCAUAUAGAUGUGAUAAUGUUGGCCCACAACCCGGGUGGCAAGGAACGGACAGAAAAGGAAUUUCAGACCCUGGCUCAAGGGGCUGGAUUUAAAGGGUUCGACAAAGUUUGCUGUGCUCACAAUUCUUGGAUCAUGGAAUUGCGUAAAUGAAUCUCAAACCCCCACAUAAUUUCUUGAUUCUUGAGUGUGUUCGUGGGUUCCUCCUCUAUUAGAGAGAGAGAGAGAGAGAAGAAACUGGGAUUAAUAUUGUCUUCUUGUAUAAAUAAGUUUGUUUCCCACUUGUUACUUAAUAAAGGUUUUUUCCGUUUGAUUUAA